UUUUAUUUUUCACGAGUACAUUUUCAUUUUGAGAAUUAAAGUACAAAUCUUACUAAUUCGUCAAGUUUACCUCAUUUAUCUCACAAUACGCAUACAGGAGAAUCAUUUAGUUCUAAGUCGACACUAGCACUUUGAACAAAUUCACAUCACCAUGCUUCCAUUGUUAUUUUCUUAACAAGACCAUUCGGAGCUACUGUACGAUAUACAACUGUAUAGCUGAUAGGUGAAAACGCCUUUACGCACACAGGGCGUCGAACUGAUCGAAGGAGAGAGAUCGAGAACUAGAGAGGGAAUCAUACGAAUUGCUCGUACCGGCUGGCUCGUAAUAAGCAGGUUCAACUAUGAGUGCAGUAAAAUAUUAAUUGCCCCACCACAGCGUGCUAGAGCAUCAGAAACUUAUCGGCAGUGCUCGUGAGAGGACACGCAGAGAGCAGGUGAACAAUGAAAAAUGAAGAUGACAUCGAUCAAUCCUGAGGACUACUUCGGUUUAAACAUUAAAUUGAUGUCACUGUGCGGUUUGAGGUGCAGCAUGACGAAAACGAUCGGAACUUUUAUUAACAAAGUACCUACGUUCCUGGCGAAUUUAGUGGGAAUCAUUUAUUUGGUAUUCGAGGCCACUUUUGUUAUAGAGGCAGUGCGUUUACGUGACGUAGCAUUGAUCUCGCAAAUUUUAAGUCAAUUAGUCUCCAACAUUCAAUGUAUUACCAAGGGAUUCUUGUUUGCAGUGUCCAUAGAAAAAAUGCAAUCCAUACUCCAUGAGAUAAGGUUUUUGUGGCAAAGGUAUCAGCCCGAUGAGGAGAUACAAGAAUCGAUUUUAGACAAUGCGGAUCGAACCUUAAAUUUUUGUAAAUAUUACGUUACCGCUAAUUUUAGUUGCGUGUUAGCUUACGCGUUGCCACUCGUAUUGAACUUGUUCAUGCAAUAUCAAGCCCGUGAAUCAACUAAUCAUACUUACGAUCUUUCGCAAAUGAUACUGCUAGUAAAAUAUCCAUUUGAAGUGACUAAAGUUUCGAGAUUUAUUAUAUUGGUAUUGUUAGAAGAAUAUUUACUGGUUAUGAAUGUUAUUUUCUGGGUAAGCAGUGAUACGUUGUUUGCUCAAACAACCACUCACAUAUGUUUACAGUUCAAGGUAUUGAAACAAGAUAUAGAGAAAACAUUUAAUUAUGGAGGUCCAAAUAGUAAAGAAAUUUUAUUGAAGCUAGUACACAGACAUCGUGAACUUUUGAGGAUUUGUAUGCUGCUUGAAGAUGUUUUUAGCCCAAUUAUUUUUUUCACCGUUUUCCUGUCGUCUGUAAAUAUGUGCGUUAACGUCAUUGGUACUAGAGAGACGAUUUCUAAUCAGACCUAUUUUAAUACAGGAAUAUAUGCGACUAUAUUAACCAUGACGAUUUUUCAGAUCUUCUUUUUCUGUAUAUUUGCAGAAAAAAUAUCGGAGGAGACAACUUCUUUAGCCGACAUGGUAUAUAAUUUAAAUUGGACAGCGAAAGAUAACCAGCUUGGAUUUUAUAUAUAUUUUAUUAUAGUAAGGGCUCAAAGACCAUUUUAUUGUACAGCAUAUGGAUUUUUCCCUAUUGGACAUCAAAGACUUACAUCGAUCAUUAGAGCAUCGUUUUCAUAUUAUAUGAUGCUACAAACUACAGACAAAAAAUGAUGACUUACCCAUAAAAAAUUUGUUAUAUUUACGUUUUAGUUUGAUAGUAUUAUAAAUUGACCUUAUCUAUAUGCAAUAAAUUUUUCUGACAUUGCAGGUUGAAUA